UAAAAAUAGAUAGUGGGGAGGGGAAGAAUGACUGCAAGAAGAAGACAACUGGUCGCAUACACAUACCGAGGUUUCCUUUUAAACAGCAAAACUUCCCCCAUAUUGGCUCCACUGGUGGCCUCAAAGUCUCCCUUUAGGAUGUUCCUUCUUGCCUGGGCCACUAUGCUCUUCCAUGGGAGCGUCUAUACAGCAGGCACAUCACAUGGCAACAACAUCUGCACGUUGGGCUUCUGCAUCAGUCUCAACAAAACAGAGAUCGUGUCUGAGGUGGGACUCUGCGCCUACAUCCCGUGCUCCUUUUCAACUACGGGGUUCACGCCUCAGAGCGUCGUGUGGUUCAAGUGCUCCCAAAGCAAAAGGAAAUGCGACGACUCGGAGAUCAUCUUCCACUCCAGGAACAGAGGCAAAGUCCCGAACGACUUCCGAGAUCGCGUUCGGAUGCUGGAGGCCGACGUGAGUCGCAGGGACUGCAGCAUCAUCGUCAACGACCUCACGCCCUCAGACUCUGGAGCCUAUCAGCUGCGAGUAAACGGCCUGCUGUUGAACAAGAGGGAGGAUGGAUUUACGUUCAAAAAUCGAGUCUUGGUCACCGUAACAGCUCUCAGGCAGAAGCCCACCGUGUGGAUCCCCACGUUGGCCGCCGGUCAAGCGGCCACGCUCACUUGCGUGGCUCCGGGCCUCUGCUCUGGCUUCGUCCCCACCCUAAGUUGGACAUGGAGGCCAGCAGGAGAGGACAACUCUCUCGCUGUCGUCGCUAACCUGACGGCUUUCCGCAGGGAAAUGUUUACAGCGCCGUUGGCUCUGAAAUACAAAUCUUCUUUAACCUUCAAUGCUACCGCCAAACACCACGGCCGUGAUAUCAUGUGCAAAGUCUCCUACUGGGGAAGCAACGUGACCACGGAGAAGACGGUGACGCUGAAUGUAACCUAUGUGAAGCCGCCAUCCAUCUUGGGGCAGACGACGCUGAAGGCAGGCGACACCCUGACUCUUUUCUGCAUCGUGGACAGUUUCCCACCCUCUCGUGUCACAUGGAACUUUCCCAAUUUCAACGCGACAAACGUGCGACGUGGACCACAUCUGAAUACGACCAUCGCUAGCGCCUCUCUCGUUAUCCCCAACGUGACGGCGGCCCACUCCGGACGCUACGAGUGCGCGGUUACCCACCAUACAGCACACGUGGACGUGAUGGUGACAUGGUUUACAGGCAUCCUCGACGGGUCUGGAUGUUCACUGCGGGGGCCGUUGUUGACCUGCGUGUGCGUCAGCGGCGGCGUCCCGCUACCCGUCGUCACGUGGCCGUUGCUGGAGAACAGAACAGUCUGCAGCGCCGUCACCGCUGUUUCCGACGACAGCGUAAACACAAGUUUUGCGCUACUUGUCGACGAUCUCGCCGUCUCUGCUGUGGAGUGUGUCAGCAUGCAUAAAAAUGGCGAGGACAGGAAAACACUUCACGUUCAAAUAACAAUAGAAUGGGAAGAACAAGGUUUGAAAAAGAUCAUGCUUCGUCUAGGUGUCUUCAUCGCAUUUUUGAGUGGAGCACUUCUGUCCGUCAUCUUGUGUUGGCUGUCCAAGACCUGUUGCAGAAGAGCAAAGAAAAGCUCCGGGGGUCUGGAUCUGGAGCUGAUGGCCCCACAAGAGGACCCACAGGAAUAUGGCCUCAAAGAUUGCGGCGAGGAAGGGUCCAAAGCGGACGUGGAGUACGCCAGCAUCAACUUCUCCGCGUUGAGGAGAAACAACACCAGGGAGGUGGCGACUAAUCACCAGGGGACAGAGUACGCCGAGAUCAAGACAAAGGGGGAUGAUUUCUUUCAUCUUCAAGCCGUAUAUCAUUGGAUUGAACAGAGGAUUGAACACCACUAUUUGUAGACUCAUAAUCAGUCGCGCACUUCUUGGAAGCACCGACUCCAGUAGCCCUGUGAUGAUAUCAAAGAAAAUCAAACAGGUGAAGCCGAUUAAAACAAUCAGAUGAGGUAAACACGUACCAACCGUUUUUUUCCGGACUUCUCCGUGGCUACGGUAGGCGACAAUGAAUAUCUUUACGUACGUGAAGACGAUGAAUAGCACAGGGACGAGCCCUAUAUUUAUUAGACUAAUUGAAGUCCACACAGUGAGAGACUUUAGUGUAGUACAGUGAGUCGUAACUAAUGUAAUAUUGCAAUAAAUUCCACCCAAAGUAAAAUUGCAGAUUUUUUGUUUGGACUGAAUGACAAUUGACACCAAUAUUUGAGAGGCUGGAAAAAACCAGGCCAAAGCCAAGAAGACGCUGACAGUGGUCGUGCCCAUGGUAGUUGCAUAUUGCAGAGGCCUGCAGAUGGACACAUACCUGUCAUAAGCCAUGGCUGACAGCACCAUUAAGUCAGAACCAGAUAAACUGUAGAAAAGAAAAGCCUGGACCAAACAGCCGGAAUAAGAAAUGCUCUGCCGGUGAGACAAGACGUCCACAAUCAGUUUGGGGUAGAUAGCAGUGCUGAAAAAAAGCGAGUUGAGAGACAAAGCAGCAAUGAAAACGUACAUGGGCUCAUGAAGGUUCCUGUGCAUCCAGAUGACACAAAUUAUGAUGCAGUUUGAGUAAAGAAUGAGAACAUACA